AUGUCUCGCGCGCCCUCCUCGCUGGCGAAGUGCGUGAACACGCGUGACCUGAGACGCUUAGCCAGUCGUCUGCAGCCUAGAUUCUCUUUCGACUACCUCGAUGGGGGGGCCGAUGACGAACGAGCGCUGCAAAGACACUCGAGCGCCUUUGACGAAUUAGAAUUUCAUCCGUCGACGUGUCGAGGUGUCAGCGACGUGGACACGCGCGUGUCAUUCCUGGGACACAAUAACACCGAGUGUGUUUUCCCGUGCCCGACGGCGGGACACGCGCUGUGGGCGCCGCGCGAGGGAGAGCUCGCGAGCGCGAAUGCGUGCGCGACGUCCAACCGCGUCUUCACGCUGUCGACGCUCGGCACUCGGUCGCCGAAAGACAUAGCCGAGCGCGUCCCUGGAUUAAAUUCAGAUAGAAAAAUGUUUCAAGUGUACGUGUGGAAAGAUCGUGGGUUGAUGCGAGACGUCUUGGCGAGCGCGAGGGAGGCUGGUUUUUCGUCGGUUGCGCUCACGACGGAUUUGACGUGGUUCGGUAACCGCGAACGAGACGUGCGGAAUCAGUUUAGCGUUCCGCCGAAGCACUCAUUCAAAACGACGGUUGAUGCUAUGUCGGCGCCAGCGUGGACGUACGAAUUCCUAACGUCUCAGCGAAUUGAGUACGCGUUGAUUCGAGACUUGCAACGCGAUGGUUUGCUUCGCGAUUCGUUACCCAUCGCUGAGUUUGCGACGGAACAAUUCGACGCUAACUUCAAUUGGAAGGAUGCCGAGUGGUUUCGUUCGCAGUGGGACGGGCCGAUAGCGUUGAAGGGGAUAUUGAGACCGGACGACGCAAUGCGGGCGCUGGACGUCGGUUACGACGCGGUUUGGGUGACGGCGCACGGAGCUCGACAGUUAGAGAGCACCGUGGCGCCUAUAGAUGUUUUACCUUCCAUACGCGAAGCGGUUGGAGAGGACGCGCAGGUGAUUUACGACGGUGGUGUCAUGCGCGGGGUGGACGUCGUGAAGGCUCUAGCGCUCGGCGCGACAGCCGUCGGCGUCGGUAAAGCGUAUCUCUACGGCUUGGCCGCCGGCGGCGAGCGCGGUGUGAGCAAGGCAUUCGAUAUGCUGACGUGCGAGACAAAGCGCGCGAUGGGUCUGUUGGGUGUGCGCGACGUCAAGGAGCUGCGCGAUCGCGGUCGAGAUCUCGUUAGAAGGCGGGAUCGAGCGUGUUAG